UGGCACAUAACACUUCAGAGGAAAAUAAAUAAAGGUUUCAGACUGUAAAAUGAAGCUUCUUCUCCUUACAACAUUUUUAGCAACCAUCUGCUAUGUCAAUGCAGGCAAGACACAGAGGAUGUUGGCAGCUAUGCUUGGUAUGAACCCUGGGAUGAUGGCAGGUAUGAACCCAGGGAUGAUGGCAGGUAUGAACCCAGGGAUGAUGGCAGGUAUGAACCCAGGGAUGAUGGCAGGUAUGAACCCUGGGAUGAUGGCAGGUAUGAACCCUGGGAUGAUGGCAGGUCUGAACAGAGGAAUAGCAAAUGGAGUGAUGAACCCUGGGAUACUGGCUGGAGGCCUGAACCCUGCCAUGUUAGCUGGUGGAGGGGCAGGUUUCAUCGGGCAGCCGCAGUUCGCCCAGUUUGUUCCAGGAGUUCCUGCUUUUGCUGCACCAGCCCCUAUUGCCAAUGUGUACGCAGUCCCUGCAGUCAAUGGGUUUCCCUUCAUGGGAGGGCCUCAAGUGGCACGAAUGAAUCCUCCUCAGCAGCCACAGAUGGGGGUCCCAGGUGGUGCCAUGCAACAGCAGCUUCCUCCUCAGCCUGAUCCAUUCAGAAGACUCAGGCGUCAGAUAAGUAAAAAGGACAACACCUUUAAGACCACUGUGGAUACCCAGAUUCCAGCUCCCACUGAAACUACAACAACUACUCCCUGUGAGGAACAAAUUCGUCAUGAAGAUUAUUAAGAUUACACUGAUACACUAUAAUCAGAUAUGCAAGAAGUAUCAAAGUGAUGAUGAAUCUUGACUUGUAUGAUUUUUUUCUCGACCAAUGACAAUUUGACAACUGUUUGUGUUAUUAAUUAUUUUUAAACUUUAGACUAACUUAAUGAUUGUGUGGCAUGUUAACUGUGAAAUAAAAU